AUGGUUCUUAGAUUGGAUUUACCACGGUUCGUGGGGCCGGGGUCAAACGUAACGGUGGCCGUGGGAAGGGACGCCGCCCUUACCUGUAGGGUUGAUAAUCUGCAGACGUUUAAGGUGGCGUGGCUCCGCGUGGACACCCAAACGAUCCUGACUAUCGCCGGUCACGUGAUCACGAAGAACCACCGUAUCAGCGUAGGGCACGGCGACGGCGCCUGGACCCUGGGGCUCAAGGAGAUCGGGCCAGGGGACGGCGGCCGCUACAUGUGUCAGGUCAACACCGAGCCCAUGAUGAGCCAGACUCACCUGCUGCAGGUUGUCGUUCCACCAGACAUAGACGAUGAGGCGAGUAGUAGUGAAAUUAUAACCAAGGAGGGCGAGAACGCCUCCCUGAGGUGCGCCGCGUCGGGCGUGCCUACCCCCAACAUACUCUGGAGGAGAGAGGACUCAAGGCAUUUCAAGAUAAACAAUGAAACACUAGUAUCAAAAUGGACGGGGCCGUGGCUCAACCUGAGUGCGGUGGAGCGAGCGGCGUCGGGCGCUUACCUCUGUAUAGCUACCAACGGGGUUCCUCCUUCGGUCAGCAAGAGAAUUCUCAUCAACAUUAUGUUUGCCCCAUCAGUGUGGACUGGCAGAGUCGCAUUGCGAGCGCCGGCAGGUGGCGCUGUGACCCUGCAGUGUACUGCCGAAGCGUAUCCAGUACCUCAAGUGUUCUGGACGCUCAAUGACAACAGGCUUGUUAAUGGAACGAAGCACAGACUCAGCAUGUCGUCUCGGGGCUACCGGCACACCAUCGAGCUACUGGUGGCGGAUAUGUGCCGGGAGGACGCCGGCGCGUACCGGUGCCACGUGGAGAACACCCUGGGCAGGGCGCAGGCUGAACUGUUCUUGCAUAUGUUAACGACUACUACGACAACAACGACGACGACAACUACAACAACUACUACUACUACUACAACGACUACAACCGUGCCACCCACGACAACGAUGGCGCAGUAUGAUGUUGAGCUUCACUUGGAACAGCUACAUCGAGGGGUCCUGGAGGAUCCCGACCUUGACAACCCUUACAUCGUGCUCAGCCAACACCAAAUGCAGAACUUAGAAAUGGUGACAACGAUGUGA